AUGAGUCCCCUAAAGAGCAUGGCUAACGGGGGCUUCCUGCCCACAGUCAAUAAGAACAGAAAGCCAAAGUUUGAGUUACAUCUAAAGAUCUUCGACUUAAACAACGUCCCGUUGGUAUCAGGGACGUCAAUAGUAAAAUGGAACCUCGCACACUCUAUUCACGCCGAGCACCGCGGCCGCACGCCGCAAUGCCCGAUCUCCAACCACAAGGUCGAGUAUAACUACUCCAAGGUCGUCAGCCAUAUCCGGAUCAGCAUCGACAAGAACAAUAACCUAACCGAGUGUCCCGUCGAAUUUGAGGUCCUUCAACAAUUCCCGGGCAGCGGCAGGGAGGAGAAGAUCUCGCUCGGUAUCGUCAAGCUCAACCUCAGCGAGUACGUGGAGGAGAGCGAUGGCCUUACCCGAGAGAGCGCUAGCUUCGACCGCGGUCACUCCCGCAAGCGAAGCAGCGGCACCAGCCAGAGCCCAAUGUCGACGAGGGCGCCGGUGCUGGACGAUCCAGAUGUCGAGGAUGGUAUCGUGCGGCGGUAUCUUAUGCAGGAAAGCAAGAUCAACAGCACAUUGAAGAUCGGCAUUUUGAUGGUGCAGCUCGAUGGCGACAAGAACUACUCUGCGCCUCCUUUGAAAACUGCACCCGUAUUUGGCGGGAUUGCCGGCAUCAUGGCGGGCGAAGCAGUUGAGCAAGAUGACGCUGGACAGCUUCCCACAAUGGCAAAAUCCAGGGAUGCCUCCGAAGUGCAGGACAUGUACCGCCGCGCCCUCGCAGCCUCCUGGUCCUGUCAACCCGGCGAGCUCCCCGCCGAUCAGUGCAUCGAAGACAUCUUUUCCGGCGGCGACGGGUGGCAGGCCGGGCGCACGGGACGCACCGGCAAAAAGACGGCCACCUUUGACCUGGACAACGGCGGCUCUCUGAGCUCCGACGAGGGUGGCAUGAACGGCACCCUCCGACCCUCGGACUUUCGCAAGCUGGAACGGAAGCAGCAGCAGCAACACCAACAGCUGCUGGACCCGCCUCAGCAGGAUCACUUGCACCUGCACCGCCUGCACAACGGCCACCGCCACCAUUCACGCAACAACAGCGGCUCCAGUGACAGGAGCAUGAGGAGCUUGCGGAGCAUUAAGAGCAUGGCCACCAUCGUUACGGGCCGUGGUGACGCAGCGAGCAGCACCGCCGGCGCGAGCAACGUUGCUCGUCGCGGCUCACAUAGCCGGACCAGGGGUCGGGACGACGACCAACGGCUCGGAGUAGGAGGGGGAGGUGGUGGUGGUGGUGGUGGCGGUAACGGAGGGGGUAUCGGUGCGCGCGAUCACGGGCGCUCGAGGAGCCGCAGCGGGAGCAUGGUGAGCCUGGCGCCGACGAUGGGCAGUAGUGAUCGCGGGCGCGAGAGCUCGAGGAGGAACAGGGAGCUGGAGGAGUUUGACGUCCGUGAUGAUCUCGUCGCGUGGAGGUUGCCUGGCGCUGUCACAUAA